CGGCUUGGCAGACAGUCAGGACGGAGCCUUAGGAGCAGCAUGAGAGAUUUGCCCAACCAGGUGUCGUCAGGGGUCAGAGGGCGCAGCGGAACCAAUGCUCCCACAUCAGCUGGGCUGGAGGUCAAGGACACCUCAGGGGUCAUCCAGCCCUCUAACACACACCCAUCAAUACACAUUCCACUACGGGAACCUGCUGGGGUCAAGUUGGUGCUGGUAGCAUCAGGACUCAGUGUACCAGAACAGUCGAUGGUGAAAAAGUUUGCCAAGAGGAUGGGAGGCCGUGUGUGUUCACAGGUUACGUCCGAGACCACCCACGUCAUCAUGAGUACAGAUGAUGAUCUGGUGUGUGAGCGCACGCUCAAGUACUUCCUGGGCAUCGCAGGCAGGAAGUGGGUGGUGAGCUUCCAGUGGAUUUCUGAGUGCUUCAAACAAGGGAAAGUCUUAAAUGAGACGCCAUUUGAGGUGCGAGGAGAUGUUGUGAACGGACUUAAUCACCAAGGGCCCAUGAGAGCACGCACCACAGGGUACACAAGUCUGCUGAUGAAGGACUACGAGAUCUGUUUCCAAGGCACUUUCACCGAUAUGACCACUGGUCAGAUGGAGUGGAUGGUGGAGCUUUGCGGCGCGACAGUGGUCAAAGAGCCUCUUCUCUUCACUGGUAAACAGAAAACUCGUCAGCUAAUAGUGGUACAACCAGGCUCGGACCAAUCACCAAUAAACUACCAAGCCCUCCAGAGGAAAGCCACGGUCAUCACCCGUGGUUGGCUAUUUGAUACUGUGGCAACCUACACCCUUCAAAGCCUCGACAACUACAGAACGUAACCUCCAGACCUGGUGUCACAUCCAAAUCGCUCCCCUGGCCUGGACCUACUCUACUCUACGCUACUAGAGACUGUCCCUGGUGUCACGUCCAAAUGGCUCCCCUGCCACCCUCUUUCUUAAUACAGUGCCUUCAGAAAGUAUUCAUACCCUUUGACUUAUUCCACAUUUUGUGUUACAGCCUGAAUUCAA